AUGAAUUGCAUAAAUCUUACUUUUUCUAGAUAUUUUCAUUUAUCAUUUCUGAUCCUUUUGUGUCUACCGUUAGAAUGUAUCUUGAAAUCACGAAGUGAAAUGUAUUCUAAGUUAUAUCAAAAAAGUGGUUAUUCUAGAAUAUUAUCAGAAAAAUUGAAUAAUGAAGGAUUUAUUAAAGAUAGUGAACUUAUUGAAGCAGAAUUAGAAAACUGGGAUAAUAUUAAAUGUAGAAUGAAUCAAAUUUGGGAAGAUACAAAGUAUAAUAUGAUUAGUAGGUGGUCUGAUAAAAGUACACAUGUUACACAUUCUAAAUGGAUCAAGAAUAAUAUGGAUAAUAUGUUAAAAAAAAUGCAAAUUGAAUUUAAUAAUUAUAUGGAAUCAUUGUAUAUAAUGUUUUUAAAACAAAUCGAACUUUUGAAGAAAAAUAAGGAAAGUAAAGAAAGAUGGAAUAUAUGGAUGAGAUUUAUGGAAUGGAAGGAGAAUGAGAAAGAAAAAUUUGGAAAAUGGCUAAAAAAAAGAGAUGAAUUAUGGGAAGAGUGGAUGGAUAUGCUAAUGGAAUCAGUCGAUUAUAAUGUUCACCGUGGUAAGCGUUGA